AUGAAAGAAAAAGAUAAGCUUAAAGAACAGCACAGCUUGAGUUCCCGACCACCCAGAAUCCUUCCUGCAUCCUUGAGCCCAUAUUCUGUUCAAAAUGAGCCUGCAUCUUCCUCCUUUCCUAAACUUGAGCCUGCAGCCCUUACACCUUACCCUGGCAUGUCCCCUAUUCCUAUAGAUAAUAAAUUUAAUCCUUUAGGAUCUACCUUGGGCCAAAUGAGACCCAACUACCAGUCUGUACUUGCAUCUAGUUAUGAUCCUUAUCCUUUACCCCCUAAUACAAGUCCUCUAUCUUCUUCUACAUUUAGACCUAGGUCUUCCCCUUAUGUAUCUAAAUGCACCACUAAUUUAUUUGUGUUUGAACCCCAUAUCCCUGCAUCUACAAGCCCUGCUACAAUAGCUCUAAAUCAUUUUCCUCCUGAUUGGGAGAAGAGAUUCUUUUCCCGACAUUUUUCUGUGAAAUGGUGGGAUCGUUUUGAAACCCACCGUAUAUCUGAAUAUUUUGCCAGAGAUUUCCCUGCACUUCCUCCUAAGCCUGAGCCUAAGCCUAAGCCUUCUUCUUCUCAAUCUUCCCAAAUUUCUACUGAAGGAAAAUCUAAAGUUGAGUUAAAAGAUCUAGCUAAACAGUUACUUUUACAAGCCGAAGAAAUGCAAGAUGAUGAUGAAGACAAUGUAUCUGAAUCCUCCUCCAGCUGUCAGCCUCUGCCUCUGAGCCCCAGUCCUGAUCGCCCUAUGAGAUGGUCUGACUAUCCCCAUGGUCAAGACCCUAAUGAAGCCUAUUCUGCUUAUGAUCUGAAUUAUGACUGA